CACCACUGUAGCCACACAGUGACGUCAGAGCCAGAGAAGAUGGCGGCGGUGCUGAAGGCGGAAGCAGGGGAGAGCUGGCGGCCGUGCGUUGUGUGAGAAUCAUCCCGCAUGGACUCGUCACCAUGAGCAACGAGGACAUGGUUUCCACGGAGACAGAGAAUAAAGUGCAGAGGAAAGUGUUUCUUCCCAACAAGCUGCUCGAGUGUCUCCCUCGCUCGUCCUCGCUGCCUAACGAGCGUCUGCGCUGGAACACUAACGAGGAGAUCGCUUCUUACCUGAUUACAUUUGACAGACAUGACGAGUGGCUCUCCUGCAGCCUGAGAACCAGGCCGAAGAACGGCAGCAUCAUCCUGUACAACAGGAAGAAGGUGAAGUACAGGAAGGAUGGAUACUGCUGGAAGAAAAGGAAGGAUGGGAAGACGACAAGAGAGGACCACAUGAAGCUGAAGGUCCAGGGCAUGGAGUGCCUGUACGGCUGCUACGUCCAUUCCUCCAUCGUACCGACAUUCCACAGACGAUGCUACUGGCUGCUGCAGAACCCAGACAUUGUGAUGGUGCACUACCUGAAUGUGCCUUCCCUGGAGGAUUCUGGGAAAUGCAGUCCGCUGCUGUGUGCUGUGGCCGACCGCCACGACAGCGUGAGGUGGAGCCGAGAUGAUCUGCUGAACCAGCUGAAGCCCAUGUUUCACAGUAUGAAGUGUUCUCUGGGCUCAGGUGACUUCAGCAUCGAGGAGCUGGUUCAACACAUCCUGGACCGACAGAGAACCAAACCCCAGCCUCGCACACACACCUGUCUGUGUAACACACAAGUGUCUCCAGGUGUGAACAUUCCUCACCGCUGUAACAGCACCAAGCACCGCAUCAUCUCCCCCAAACUGCCCCCCUCCUCCUGCAGACCCUCCCCCUCCCCCGUCUGCUCUGAGGGGGGGGAGGCAGCCGGGGGAGGAGGGGGAGGAGAAGCCAAGCUGCCUCACCUCCAGGCUCAGAGCAGCCCCGCCUCUUCUCCCUGCCCCGCCUCCAGCUCGGCCUCGUCGCCCCCCCCGCCCCACACAGCCACCGUCACCAUGAGCAACCACCGUAACGGUUUCUACGGCGACCGGAGCAGCAACCUGACGACAGUGGCGCUGCCACAGAAUGCUGUCAUCGUCAUGGCAACAGCCAUCGCUGGAGGGGACGGGGGCGAGGCGGGACAGGGGAGGAGUCUGUCCCUCACCCGUUCGGGGCAGUUGCUGCUCUCGCCCUCCCUCCCCCCUUCUGAAGGCACGCCCACCUGCCCCUCCCCUCCCUGCUCCUCCCUCCCCCCCCCCACCCUCUCCCUCACCCUCCUCCCGUCUCCUGUUGUCGGAGGCGUGCUCCUCACCCCCUCCUCCUCCUCUACCUCACUCCGCCCCCCUCCUUCUGCCGCUGCCACUCCUCCUUCUCCCCCCCCCUCCUCCCCUUCUCCACCUCCACCUCCCCCAUGCCUCCCCCCCGCCUUCGACCCUGACUCCUUCCUGAACUCCCCCAAACAGGGUCAGACGUAUGGUGGCCCUCCUCACCCCUCCUCCUCCACUCCCUCCCCUGUCCUCUGCUCCUCCUCCUCCCCUCUCUCCCCCCCCUCACUCGCGCUCCCCCUCUCCCCCACCUCAACCCCUCCCUCCUCCGUCUCCCCUCCCUCCUCCCUCUCCUCUCUCUCCUUCUCCUCCUCUGAUGCGGACAAGCGAGACUCUGCCCUCCCCCUCCCCUCCUUCUCCUCUUCAUCCUCCUCUCCCCCCUCGUCCUCCCUCCCCUCCUCCCUCUCCCUGUCUCCCACCCCCUCUGUGGCCCCGCCCCUCCUCCCCCUCUGCCUGCAGCUAGAUGCUCUGGGGCAGUCUGAGGGGGGGAGGGGGGAGGAGGAGGUGGGGGGUGAUGAAGAGGAGGUGAAGGACCGUAGAGACGAAGACGACGAUGAUGAAAGCAGAGCUCCUCCCACCAAACUGGCGCUGCUGCAGCCGAGCCACGCCUCCUCCGCUUCGUUGCUACAGCAACAGACAGGGAGUAGCGCUGCGUCGCUGCUCCUGGUUUGUCACGACUCGGCGGCCCCUCGUACCCAGCCGGCCAAUCAGGUGCAAAGACAAGCUAAUGGACAGCAUUCAUUGGUCCUGAGACAGACCUACAGUCACCAGUCUGCAGCUGGAGCCCCGCCCCCGGCGCAGAUAUCCCAUCAGCCCCUGGGGCUGCAGCAGGCGUCAUUGUUUGCUAAAGCUAAGGCGGCGGCUUCUCCGGCUGCUGUUGCCAUGGUUCCCGCUCACCUGGCAACGUGUCAGAUUCAGGUGAAGGAGCCGAGCAGGCGGAGCUACAACUCGGAGGACGCCUGCAUGGACACGCCCCUGGACGAGGAGGCGGGGCCCUUCGAACAGGCAGGGGAGGAGCUUGACAUCUCCUUCGACAGCCAGUUUCCUGACCUGAUCUCUGACCUCAUCACAGAGGAGGCCAAUCCCGUCGCAGCUCACCCCCCCACCGCCCUCACACCAAACCCAGCUGUGUUUGCGGCAGGGGUUCGGUACAUGGUGCCCCCCCAGCCCUCUCCCUCCUCCUCCUUCCUCCCCUUCCCUCACCCGCUGCCCUCCCCCUCCUCCAGCCGCCUGGCCUCCAUCACCGACUUCUCCCCCGAGUGGUCCUACCCCGAGGGGGGGGUGAAGGUGUUGAUCACGGGUCCGUGGAGCGAGCUGCUGGGUCGAUACUCGUGUGUCUUCGAUCAGAGCAGCGUCCCUGCUUCACUGAUCCAGCCUGGAGUGCUGCGCUGCUACUGCCCCGCCCACCAGGCUGGGUUGGUGUGUCUUCAGGUUCUGGAGUCUGCAGGUUCUGUUUCUUCGUCGGUUCUGUUCGAGUACCGAGCGCGGAACGCCAGCUCCCUGCCCAGCUCGCAGCUCGACUGGCUCUCAUUGGACGAUAAUCAGUUCAGGAUGUCCAUCCUGGAGCGUCUGGAGCAGAUGGAGCGUAGGAUGGCAGAGAUGGCCGCCCGUGAUAACAACCAACAACAACAACACCAACAACAACUACAACAACACAGCCACCAGCUGGCCACGCCCCCUCCACCAGCCCUUCCUGAGGAGCAGGAACAGUCCUCUCAGUGGUUUGAGAGGAGGAUUGUGGGAGUUUGUGAACGAAUGAUGAGGGUCGGACGAUGGGGAGAAGGAGGAGGAGGAGGAGGAGGAGGAGAGAGGCUUCAUCACUCAGUCCGUCACCGUGGGAUGACUCUGCUCCACCUGGCUGCUGCACAGGGAUACACACACCUGAUCCACACUCUGAUCCGCUGGAGGAGCGUGAGCAGUGACAGUUUAGACUUGGAACAGGAAGUUGAUCCUCUCAACGUCGACCACUUCUCCUGCACGCCGCUGAUGUGGGCGUGUGCUCUGGGCCACCAGAGGGCAGCAGAGCUCCUCUACAGCUGGAACAGUCUGGCUCUGGGGAUCCCUGAUUCGCUGGGACGUCUGCCACUUGCUGUCGCUCGCUCCCGAGGACACACCCGCCUCGCCACGGCGCUGGAGGAGCUGCACACACAACGCACAGUCUCUCACAACACGCCCAGGGACACACACAUGUCUGAAGCAGACGCACCGGCCACGCCCCUGUCGCCUCUGUCCACGAGCCCAGACACAGGUCUGAGCUCGUCCAGCAGCCUCCCCUCUCCCAGUGACCCCUCCUCCUCCUCCCCGAGCUCUGCCUACUCGAGUGGCCCCGCCCCCAUGGACACCUCCCCUUCCUCCCCUUCUUCUUCUUUCUCGCCCUCCUCCUCGCUGCCUGUCUCUCCUCCCUCUGCCCCCUCCCCCCUGCUGUCCUCACUUCCUCCUGUGUCCAUGUGGGGGGAGGAGCCCAACGCUGGAUUCCAUGAAACCAUGUCCGAGCCGAUCGAUGUCACAGGUCUGAACCCCGGAGGUUCCAGAGACUCUUCUCCGUACCUUAUGGACUAUGAGAGCGCCUCCCCUGGCCACACCCACCUUUACACACAUGCACACGCCCACACGGCAGGCGGGCGGCGGCUGCACACUGCGGCGAGGCUGGAGGAGCACCUGCUGAGCUACAGCGAGAACGCCGAGAACGAAGGCGAGGACGAAGAGUACCUGGAGGAGGAGGUGCUGCAGGUUGACAUGUCAACACUGGCAGAACAAAUCAUUGAGGCGACACCUGAGCGAAUCAAGCUUGAGGACUUCCCCAGGGGGGCGGAGUCACCGCUCAGAGAGAGACAGGACACCUGGUUGGCUACUUACCUGGACACAGUGGACACACACACACACUCCCCUCCCAGGCGGGUGUGCCCUCCCUCACCUCUGAGUGCACUGGCCCUCCAGAGGCUCCGCCCCCCAUCCUCUGCAGCAUGGGCGGAGUUCCUGAACGCCUCAGCCAAUGGGAAGAUGGAGAGAGACUUCGCCCUGCUGACGCUGACGGACGGCGAGCAGAGGGAGCUGUACGAGGCCGCCAGGAUCAUCCAGAACGCCUUCAGGAGAUACAAGGGUCGGAGGUUAAAAGAGCAGCAGGACAUCGCUGCAGCCGUCAUCCAGAGGUGCUACAGGAAGUACAAACAGUUCGCUCUCUACAAGAAGAUGACGCAGGCGGCCAUCUUGAUCCAGUCCAAGUUCCGGUCGUACUACGAGCAGAAGCGUUUCCAGCAGAGCCGGCGUGCGGCGGUCCUCAUCCAGCAGUACUACCGCAGCUACAAGGAGUACGAGCGGCUGAAACAGGCGCCGCGAGGAGCCGCCGGCCACAACCCCAAGAUCAAGGGCUCGUUCUUGACAAAGAAACAAGACCAGGCAGCGAGAAAGAUCAUGAGGUUCCUGAGACGCUGCAGACACAGGAUCAAAGAGCUGAAGCAGACCAGGGAGCUGGAGAGAAGAGGACUGACGACUUAAACAUCUUCAUCUUUCUUCACCUGACGAGAGGAGAGAGAGAAAUCCUGAUGGACAAAGAGACAGAGACCGACGGAUGAGAGGAUGAGAGGACAGAGGGACGGAGGGAUGGAUGAGAGGAGGACAGAGGGACGGAUGAGAGGAGGACGGAUGAGAGGAUGACGGAGAGACGGGGGGAGGACAGACAGAGGGACGCUUACCCCAUCUGUCUGUCUCUGUCUUCUCUCCUCACUGAAUGUCUCUGCAGUUUAGAAAGAGCUGCCUACGGAAACGUCUCGCCCUCCUUUUUGUCUUACAGGCAUAAGACAAACGUUGUUUAUUUACCCUGAGCGGAGUCUUGCAGGAAGACAAACUUCGCUCGCUGUCCUUCAUUUCAGCCUCUGGCGUUCAGAAGGUCAGGAGACGACCUGUAGACGAGUUCAUCCAAUCAGCACAUUUCACGUUAUAUUUGUUGAGUUUUAUUUAACAGCUGCGAGCUAAGCAUGCUGGGAUACAGUGUCCUGCUGAAAGGGGGGGGGGGUCUUCUGUUAACUAAGGUUCUUUCUGUUGCUCCUUGGAGGCAAAGCUCGGGGCAAAACAGCCCUGCAGUCUCUGCUGAGGGGCGGUGCGUUCGAGGGUCGUCUGGACAAAUCACACUCCGACCAGACGGAAACAGAAGCUGCUGAACAUUUAUGAACUCUUGAAACACAAUCACGUAUAUUAACAUAUAAAUAUAUAUAAAUAUAUAUAUUCUAAAGUGGAAAUUUAUAGAUGCUAUGGAUGUUUUAUUUAUUACAGCAUGAACUGUUAAUGUGAGAGAGUAUGUGAGCUGCACUGACUGAGGUCGAGUCUUAACGAACCCCCGUGACCUCUGACCUUCACACAAACAAAACAAAGUUCGAAUGUGAGGAAACAUGACCGAGUCCCACCUGAUGUGACAUCACUUCCUGUUGAUGUCAUCAUUUGUACAGCAGCUUAUCAGUUCAGCUGCUUUCCUAAAAACAUGGUGGAUUUUCAUGUGGGAAUCGAACUUCAGGCUGUGAUGUCACUGAUGACAUCAUAUGUGUGCUGCUGAGGUCAGAGGUCAGAUUGGGGGGGGUCCCCCUUCAAACCAUAUUUGAAUCUGUCGAGAAACUUUUCAGGAUGACGCAGCGACAGCUGGUUUCCAUGGCAGCCACCACGUGAGUCCCGUGUCAUACAGCCCGAGACUGAACCGCUGGCUGUUGUCACGGUAACCACGGCGUCCAGGACUUGUUGGACGAACUUUUUCUUGUUGUUUCUGCUGCAGUGAAGUUUUGCAUGAGUUUGUAACGAACUGUUGGAAAACGAUUCUACGAGAACCAACAAUAAAUCAGCUGUUUGCUACCGA